UGUGAUUUCGUUAAUAUCCAAGAACAUUUCAACAACAACAUCAACAUGUCAAGCGAAACUGCCUCUCUUGGCCCUCUCCCUGAUGGCUGGGAACAGGGCAGAUACUCCACCGGAAAAACAUUCUGGACAAACUCCACCUCAAGAAUCAAAACCUACUACGACCCUCGCAAACCAAACCCACAUCCAGAUGGUUUUGAGGCAACUCCCGUCGAAGGCGCACCUCUACCCGACGGCUGGGAAAUCAUCUCUCGAACCGUGGACGGCAGGAAGCAUGAAGUGUUUCUCGACCAUAACACGCACACUUCCACAUCAGUCGAUCCAAGACUGGGACCUAUUCCUCUUCCGGAGGGCUGGGAAGCUGGCAGGAAUUCGUUGGGACAGGAUUUCUGGACCAAUGCUGAGCAAAGGCUCAAAACGUAUUAUGAUCCCAGAAAGGACAAUGUGCGUCCAGGGGGCUUUGCGCCGGUUCCGGUGGAGGGAGAUCCGUUGCCAGAGGGGUGGGAGGUUGUUGGGAAGGAGGUGGAUGGGAGGAGGGUUGUUUCGUAUUUGGAUCAUAUUAAUCAUAGAUCUACGAGUGAGGAUCCGAGGGGUUGAGGAUGUUUGGAGGGAAGUUUGAUUUUGCAAAGAUACUUGAUACACGAGGAUAGCAAGACUAUUGCAGCACAUAUAUAGUUUAAUGAACAGAACAUUUGCAUUCGUCCGCUGAGGUUUCGAAGGGAUCAAAGAUGUCUAG